CACUACAUCAUUGCCACCGAACGACCUGGCGUCGCCCAUUCGUUACACUACAUCAUUUUAUUCGCCUCCUCUUUUCUUCACUCACUAUUGAACCGCCCAAAUGUUCCGCAUCACCUUCACUGCUUCUCUUCUGUUCGCCAUGAGCGUCAUGGCCAUCACACCCAACGACGCAGGCGCCAAGAACGUCGGUCAAGGAAAUGGAGAACAGUUCAUCACAGGUGGAUGUGUCAAUGAUGCCGACUGCGCCUCAGCAUGUUGCACCGACGCCAGCGGCAUUGGUGUCUGCUCCGCCGAGGCAGCACAAUUCCAGAAUGGAAAGAAUGGGUGCGGUUUUGUCAAUACGAAUGCUGCGGCAACUAUUGCGGCCGCUGAGGCGCAGGUCGAGGAACAGGGUUUCUGAGGGUUCAGACCGACAAACGAUACUUACGACAUCACGUGCGGGCUGUGCGAUACAAGCCUGUGUCACUAGAUAGUGCUAUGCUGUCACGAUCUAGGUCAUUGAAAUACAUCAUCACUAGUUUUUCCCUCCCCAUAACACAAUAUUACUGACAUCUCAAGCUGCAUCGAUAUCGUCGGUUUGAACUAGGUGCAUGUAAAUAACAAGUCCACUGCUUAAAUAGAGUAAGCAUAUUGUACACUGAUGUGUAACAGGACGGUGUAAUUCGAUUGUACGCCGAUAUUCUCAG